GGAUAUGUAAAUCUAAAUUCUUGAUUCUUAGAAUUAAUAUCAACAUUGACGGAUCCGUCCAUAACACAUACUAACCUACUGGGUACCCAGUCCAACUCCUCCACUCCGAGAGACUUGAGUGGGAAAUCAAGACGUAUUUUUGAAUCCAACACUGGAACUUUGAAAAUACUUGAAAAUGCUGGACCCGACUCAAUUCGAACGCAUCUUCGGUGCUCUCGACCCAUUUCCCUACAAUCGAACCUUUAUUCAUCAUAUCGAAGCUACGCGCCGUAGUCUUGAAGGUUCUUUAUUUAUCGACCGAGUCCUGAGAACUCUGAAUAUUUCCAAAGCUACAAGUCACUUUCCUCCCAAAAACGAAGCCGCCCUUCGACAGCUCUUCGAACACAUCUGUGCUAGCAAAACGGCUACUAUUCAUCACAAACUCUCUGUGGUAUACUACCUACUACUCGAUGUCGACGAUCAACAUGGCUCUACCCGAGCAGAAGCCUUCGCCCAGCGUGCCAGCCUACCUACAAGUUUCAAAAUCUUCAUAAAGGGUCUAUGGCUUAUGGACGCCCAGCAGUUCCAAGUCGCAUUGGAAUACCUCACCCACCCUUCAUUGCAGCCUGACUUCGUCGACGAUAUUCUCACAGCCCUCGUCCGCCACGCCAAGGAUGGCGAUUACAGCCUUCCUCUGGCUUAUUAUCACACGGUCCAGCCUCUCAUCCAAUUGUCUUCUACGCUAGAACUAUUAUUCACCGCCCUCGCGCGAUCUAGUGUUGUCGAAGCCUUUGAGUUCACACGAUCGCAUGCUGAAUGCAUGCGUCGCCAACUAUUUCAACGUCUUGUGUCAACAGUGCUGGAGUCUUCACGUAAUGAUCAAUCGCCCAGCAAGGCACUCGAUUUAACCAGCCUGCCCUUCGAUGCGCAGGAAGAGCAGUGGUUCAGGGAAUGCUUGGAAAGCGGUGAUUGCAAGAAACUAUCGAUCGCCAAAGACACUCUUUUAAUGCGCAAAAUUGCUACGGGUCAAGUUGUGAAUGGAAGCGAGGCGGGUACUUGGGGCGUUGUACUUGAAGGGUUCAAGACAGGAACUGGAGGGCGUGCUCAGGCUUGAGUAGACCAACAGUGUUGAUUCUGUAUACCUAAUUUUUGCUGCGAUUGCAUAGCACCGGUGUUCAGGUACAUACAUAGGCAGGCAUCGCUUGAAUAGCGACUGCGCAGGGCGGACGCCACACCCCCGACUAGUUCGGCACGACUGCGCGAUACCAACCACACCAACACUCAUUUUCCUCGUCUAGACCACCACAGCAGACGCACUGGAACACUUACCAACACGACUACCCUCCUCCAAUGCCAACCUCGCGACCAAUGGGCUACGAAGGGAUGAAUCCGUUAGCGAUGAACCGAAUAGAAUAGGAGGAGGAAGAUGAAUACACG